AUGUGUGUAAAUCAUACAUGGAUUUAUCAAAAACUUCUAAAGAAAGAAUUUCAAUUUUGGAAGAAGAAUUUGAAAAUUAUCGGGUUAUACAAGCAAUGCAAAAAAACUAAGCCAGUCUUUAAUUUUAUCUCUAACCGUCAACAAGUGCCUAUUACAAGAACUUCGAACACUGACCACUGGAGACUCGGAGACCAGAAAACCAACGCCAACCCGACGCUGACUUCGCAGUGUAAACUGGACGAAGGUAGCGAUCCAAAUUAUAUCACCGAGCAGACCAGCGGCGAACGUCCGAUCCGACGAUACCAACUCGACGGUGACUAG